CCCGCGGGGCCCCGGGGGCGGAGGGGGCGCCCGCGGGCUCUCGUCCCUCCUCAGCGCCGUGCCCUGCUGUCAUGCCACACUGAGGCGCCUGCCAUGAGCGCGCUGCCCCCGCGGCCUCCGCUUGCAUCGACGCCGCCGCCGCUGCCCGAGCCCUCCGAGGAGGCGGCUGCGGAGGCCAGGCCUCCAGGCGCCGAGGACGGCCGCGGGAGCAACCCCGACACCUUAAAGGGCUGGCUCCUCAAAUGGACCAACUACCUGAAGGGCUACCAACGCCGCUGGUUCGUUCUCAGCAACGGCCUCCUCUCCUACUACAGAAAUCAGGGGGAGAUGGCUUACAACUGUCGUGCAACAAUCAACUUAUCCACAGCUCAUUUUGACCGUGAGGAUUCCUGUAAUAUUUUGCUGUCCUAUGGGGGCAGGACAUAUCACCUAAAGGCCGGAUCAGAAGUGGAGAGGCAGCAAUGGCUCGGUGCUUUGGAACUGGCGAGGGCAAAAGCUGUCCGCAUGAUGAGCUCUCUGUCAGGAAAUCGGGAAUUGCAGUCAGUGCUCACAGGAGAUGACUCUGGUGAUGAGGAUGUACCCACCCAUUCUGACAAGAGUGAACUGCAGAACACCUUAAGCGUUCUUUCGGGCAAGUUGGAUGAUCUAAGCAUCUGCAAUGACCUUAUCUCAAAACAUGGGGCAGCUCUCCAGAGGUCGCUGAGCGAGCUGGAGAGCCUGAAAAUACCUGUCGAAAGUGGGGAGAAGCUAAAAGCAGUUAAUGAGCGGGCCACCCUAUUUCGGAUCACCUCCAAUGCUAUGAUCAACGCUUGUCGGGACUUCUUGGAACUAGCAGAAAUACACAGUCGGAAAUGGCAAAGAGCGCUACAGUAUGAGCAGGAGCAAAGGGUCCGCCUGGAGGAGACCAUCGAGCAGUUAGCCAAGCAGCAUAACAGCUUGGAACGAGCCUGCCGUGGGGGCCAAGCCACCCCCCAGUCUGACAGCCUCCCCCAGGGGGUCAAAGGGUACAUCAGUGAUGAAGAUGAGGAUACAGAGUAUUUUGACGCCAUGGAAGACUCAUCUUUCAUCACAGUAAUCACAGACCCUAAAGACAACAGAUCUGCUGAAGGUGGGAAUGAGGCAGGCCCAGUGGAUGACUGGAAUGCAGAGGAUGAUGUGUUUGGGAACACCACACGCAUCCCGGGCGUCCCGCCCAAAGUCAAGAGGAGGACGCACAUCCCUAACAAACCUAACUAUAACAUUAACCUCUGGAGCAUAAUGAAGAACUGUAUCGGCAAAGAGCUGUCUAAGAUCCCCAUGCCUGUGAAUUUUAACGAGCCACUCUCCAUGCUCCAGCGGCUCACUGAGGACCUGGAGUACCACGAGCUGCUGGACAAGGCCGUCAAGUGUGAGAACUCCACAGAGCAGAUGUGCUUUGUGGCUGCCUUCUCAGUGUCUUCCUACUCCACUACCGUCAACCGCAUAGCUAAGCCAUUCAAUCCCAUGCUGGGAGAAACCUUUGAGCUGGACCAGAUGGAAGAGAUGGGCCUCCGUUCCCUCUGUGAGCAGGUGAGUCACCACCCUCCUGCAGCUGCCCACCAUGUGUUCUCCAAAAAUGGCUGGACCCUAUGGCAGGAAAUCACCAUCUCCAGCAAGUUCCGGGGCAAAUACCUCUCCAUUAUGCCACUAGGUGCCAUUCACCUAGAAUUCCAAGCCAGCGGGAAUCACUACAUCUGGCGGAAGAGCACCUCCACUGUGCACAAUAUCAUCGUGGGCAAGCUCUGGAUUGACCAGACAGGAGACAUAGAGAUCGUUAAUCAUAAGACAAAGGAUAAGUGUCUGCUGAAGUUUACACCCUACAGCUACUUCUCAAAAGACUACACCCGAAAGGUCACCGGGGUGGUGACAGAUAGCAAAGAGAAAGCCCAUUACGUGCUGUCGGGCUCCUGGGAUGAGAAGAUGGAGUGUGCCAAGAUCAUUCAGAGCAGCCACAGUAGCCCCAGCACGGAGGGCAAGCAGAAGAUGGUCUACCAGACCCUGCCAGCCAAGCUCCUGUGGAAGAAGUACCCUCUGCCGGAGAAUGCUGAGAACAUGUAUUACUUCUCCGAGCUGGCCUUGAUCCUGAACGAACCUGAAGAAGGCGUGGCCCCCACGGACAGCCGGUGGAGGCCUGACCAGCGUCUCAUGGAGAAUGGCCAGUGGGAUGAGGCCAAUUCUGAGAAACAGCGGCUAGAGGAGAAGCAGAGGAUGAUCCGCCGUAAGCGCCUGGAGUCCAGUAGCCGCGAGCAACUGGACGAAGGGAAGGAAGCCGACCUGCACAAGCCCUUGUGGUUUGAGAAGAAGAUGGACCCCUUCACAGGGGAGGAGGCCUACAUCUACAAGGGGGGCUACUGGGAGGCCAAGGAAGAGCAGAACUGGUCCAUGUGUCCAGACAUCUUCUGAGCCGUGGCCUGCCUGCCCCGCUGCUCCUGCGAGCCUGUGGAGCUGGGCGAGGACAUAAGAAACCCAACCCUACACGAAAACGCAAAUACAACCCACGAGCAGACCAGGGAUUCAAACGUAUUUUUUUAUGCACUAAUGAAAAUCGCAUAUUGAAUCUCCCUUUCUUUUUUCCCCUUUUCUUCCUUUUUUUUUGCUGAUGGUGACUUUUUUCUUUUGUGGGAGUAGUUAGUUACUAAGUACGUCUGGGGAGGACAGGCUGAGUCUGUUUCUUUCUAGCUGGUGUGUAAGCCCCGUCCUCCCCGGCUGACUGAAGCAUGGCCUUCCAGAGACACUCAGGAGAGCAGUGGGGAGGGACGGUGUCCCUGGGGGUGUGGUUGGCCUCCUCUCCAGCUCUGAUUCGUAGUUCCUCCCAGAAAGACCCCCACUGGAAGACAGGCGUGUCCCUACGGCCGCGGCACCAGGGCUCUCGGAGGAGAAGCCUGGGCAGCCACCUCGGUCCCCCCACCUGCCUGAGGCACUCUCACUCAGGGCUCCCUAGGAAACCCCUUUUUGGACUUUGUUUGAUUUUUAAACUGUUGAUCUCACUUUCUUUCCAGCCGUGAUGUUUAGUAAAUAUUUUUAGUACAGCACUUACCAGACAGUUUUUCCAAGUGUCCUUUCUUGCCCCAGAAGUGUCCAGGCAAAGACCCGCCUUGUAAGAAACAAGGAAGUGCAAAGCCUUUAGAUUGUUGUCAGGUGGCACCUGCCCGAGGGAAGCCCCCUCCUCCUCUCCAGCAGCCCUGAGGCGGUUCAUCUUGGUGCUUCCCCAACACCUGCCAGCUCACAAAGACCACUUCUCCCUCUCCUCCGACCUUACCCGGCUUAGGCCGAGCCAGAGGACUGAGGGGCCAGGGCCUCUCUCCUUCCAGCGCCAGCAAGAGCCUCAGGUGGCGCUUUGGACAGCUCAGUGUCCAGCUAUCAAGACUUCCCCAGAUUGCCAGGAGCGACACCUUGUCCCCAGAGCUGACUGGGCACCACCAUGCUGGGCAGAGAGUGAGGAGAUGGGCUCCCACCCACGAAGGGGGAAGCCCUGAGCUCAGGGAUUUGAGCAGCCACAAGAGUGAGCUGGGACUUGCCCAGGAUCCCCAGGGAGCCUCCCAACGGGCUCUCCUGGGACCUCGGCAUCCAGUGCUUCCACCCCGAAAGAGAAAUGCCCCUCACAAGUCCCAGCAGCACAAAGAAGAGCCAGCAGCACGCAGGCAGAAAGAGACCCCCGGGCAGGGGCCUCUAGUGCAAUAUUCCCAUUCUCCCUUCUGAAUUUGAGCCAGCUAGAGGUCUACCCCCUCUCCCACUACUCCAAAACCCCACCCUCCCCCCAGCCAGAUGGGUUCUUCUCUUAAUUACGAAAGGCACAGAUGUGGGCUCAGGGACCUGGUUGGCAUCUAGUCCAGCCCCGUCCCUUGCAGAGCAGGGCAGUGCCUUGUCUUACACCCCAAACCCAGGCUUCCUUCCGCGCUCUCUACCACCCAGUCCCUCUCCCAGUCAAUCACUUGUCCAGAAUCCGGCUAGGGAGAGGCCUCAGGAGGCAGACAUCCACUGUAAUGAGGUGUCCCGAGCUCCCCUGGAGAGCAGGGUCCAACCGCGCCAGGGGUGUGCGGGUCUCUGACCGUAGGGAGCCCUGGAAUGGAAAUCGGGGCCUGGCUUCUUUUUUGUACCACCUCUUUCUGCCUCAGUUUCUCCAUCAGUAAAACAGUGGCGAGGGUACUCUUCAGUGGCAGCGUGUUAUACUGGACAGGCAUCUUCAAAGCCAGAGAGCCCUGGGUUCAAGUCCCAUGCUCAACUCUUCCUGGCUGCAUGAUUCUGGACAAGUCAUUUCAUUUCUCAGGGCUCUAGACCACUCCCUAAGACACUAGAUUGCAGAGAAGGCACUGACCUGAGUUUUCUCACCCAGAAGUUCUCUCUACUGAUGACGUCCCAGGUUGUAGCCCCUCUCCUUAACUCUCCAACACCGACAUUCCCUAGAAUAAGGACUCAUGAAUGAGAAGUGAGCACCCUGGUUACUGUCAGGCAUGGACCGGAGAAGAUUUGGGGAAAAGGGAUGGGAAGAUGAGGCCUGUGGGCAGCCACCCCCCAAGUUGGAGGGAGCCUUGUCGAGUGGCCAGCUGGUGGCCAGGGGUGCUCAGACCUGCAAGCCAGUCUCCGCAGAGCCCGGGCCCUAGGAGAGCUCAGAACAGCUUCCUCGUGAGCAGUCAGAACACAGCCCACAUAUCCCCUCCCAGUGUCUUCCCUCCUCUCUCCGCUCUUCUGCCCUCCCACUGGAUCUAAACUAGGCCACAGAAAUCAGCAGGAACGCGAUCAGCCUGGGGAACUGGCAGAGCAGAUGAGGCAGUCAGGCUGCAGAACCCCCAGAGGGCUCCUCUUGCCUGUGCGUGGAGCGGGUACCCUUCGUCUGUCUUGUGGCAGACACCUCGCACUGGGAGUGACAUCAUAACCAUGGUGACUGGGCGAUGUGUAUGUGUUAGUGGGUGCCAGUAUGCCCUCUAAUCUUGUACCUACUUGCUUCUGAUUUAUAAAUAGAUGAUAUAUAUGUACAGAUACAUAUAUAUAUAUUUGACCUACAUAGAUAUAUAUAGGCAUCUAUUUUGCUUAGAUUUCUAUAGUAAUGGAAAAAUGAUGAUGACAGAUGUUCCUGUCUGAGUUUGGUCAUACAAUAAACGCUCUGCUAAGUUUC